AUGAAUUUCUGCAAUGACUGUAUCCAAGGCGUACGUCACGUGGCUUCGUUAGGAACACUCGAGACCACUGUUGCUGGUGUCACUUGCUACGUCGCCACUCCCACUGUCGAUGAUGCCAAGGACAAAGUCAUCCUCCUACCGGACGCCUUCGGUAUGUCUAUUAAUGCUCAGCUCCUCGCUGAUGACUUCGUCAGAAACGGCUUCAAGGCACAAACCAUAAUACGUGUCGUCGCGAUCGACUAUUUUGGUAUUCCUGCUGAUAGGCCCUUCAAAUUGAAGGCCAGUUUAUUAUUGGCUGAUGCCUUCAUCAAUAAGUCGUCACCUUUGACCUCGCAUUCGACAACAUUAUCCAAUGUGCCGUCAUCUCCCACCUCUCAUCUCCCCAACGACCUCGAGACAUACUUUUCCAAAUCAGCAGCGCCUAUCCUGAUCAACUCAUGCGAGCAUGAUAGGUUGUUUUGUGCAGAAGCUCAAACAAAGGCCGAUGCUAUUUUUGGCGAUGAAAAGUUUGCUCCGGGAUACAGGCGCGAGUACUUUCCUAGAUGCACACAUGGGGUUACUGUCCUUGGUGAUUUGAGCAAUUCACUGGUCAAGGCUGGGAAGGAAGGAUCGGCCAUGGCUAAUGUGGAGUUCUUCCUGGAGCACCUGUGA